GACAGACAAACAGACUACCUACCGAGUGCAGGAGAAAGCUACACGUCCCGGGGAACUCCGCACCUAUAAAAGGAAGCAGCGUGCAACAGACUGAGACAGUUUUCAUUUGGACAGAGAGACAGAAUGGCGCGCGGCACGUGGCCUCUGGUGCUGCUCUGUGGGAUACAGUGUGUGGUGAUCGCCAUUCCAUUCAAUGAUGCCGCUGGAGCACCACAGCUGGAGAGUGAAAUCCGGCAGGCUCGCCAAAAGACUGUACAGGAAGACUUCAGUAAGGGGUUCAGCAAAGAUUUUGCAGCGGAUAUGCCCACAAAGGAAUUUCUUGGCAAUUUUCACCAUGGCCGACAAAAACGACAAGUGGGGGUCACUUCAGCUAUCGAUAACAUACUGAACUCCCAUUAUGAGCCAUCUCUGGCAACUGACCACCUACAAGCACUGCUCACUCGUAACAACUUCCGCCGUCCUGCUAGAGACUCUACAGGACCUGUUCCUGUAGUACAGCCCCAGCCUCCGAAGACUCAGUCAUUCCAGCCCGACUUCAGAACGCAGCAACAGUCCCAGCCUCCAAGGACUCAGUCAUUCCAGCCCGACUUCAGAACGCAACAACAGUCCCAACCUCCGAGGGCUCAGUCAUUCCAGCCCGACUUCAGAACGCAACAACAGUCCCAACCUCCGAGGACUCAGUCAUUCCAGCCCGACUUCAGAACACAGCAACAGUCCCAGCCUCCGAGGACUCAGUCAUUCCAGCCCGACUUCAGAACGCAACAACAACGGCAGCCAACUUCUGUGACACGACCACAAAGACAGCCACAGACUCAGCCAACAAGCUUUAGGCCAUUUACCCCCAACUUCAGUUCACAGCAGCGCCAACCUCCUCCGCCCGCUCAGAAUUUCUCUCCAAAUCAGCCUGAUUUCUCAGCCCAGCGAGGUCGAACUGGAGGGAAUGAAUUUGGCUUCCGGUCAAGCCCGCGUUCUCCUUCUAGGGCGCGUUCUCCUUCAAGACCAGCAAAUCGUCCACCUCAGAUUGCUUCUCGAAAUGAUGCACCUAGACAAGAACCAUUUCCCUCAGCAACAUUUGCCGGUCAACAAUUUGCAAGGCCUUUCCCAGCAUUUGAAGACUUUUCCCAGCCCCAGAGCCAAUCUAGAAAGAAGCGUCAGAUUGCACAGGAGGAAGGGGUAUCACAAAAGCUUACUGAAAUACUAAGCACCCCCUACAAGGGUAGUAUUCCUAAUUCCUUAAGCUCCCUUUAUGAUAGGAAUGAUAGAUUUCAAAGGAAAGCUCAGGUAAAUGCUGCACCUCCAAGCAUUCAAGCAAUUGAAACUACAGUCACUGAAAAUCAAGAGGCUACAUCAUCAGCAAAUCCCUUUGAAAUUCCUUUUGCAAUACCAAAUUUCUUUGAAAAGUUUGGAAUUCAGAAGAGAAGUGCAGAUGUAGCAGCAAGGAGGCAGGGCAUUGCUGAUGCACUUGAUGAUAUUAUUCAGGCCCCUUAUCAAGGAAGCGUGCCUUCAUCGAUUGAGAGUUUGUUUAAUCUGAACAAAAAUCGAUUUGUGAGGAAAACAAAACCUUCGACCAACAUAAAUCUUAUAUCUCAGCCAGGUCCUCAAGGCCAGAGUGCAACACAGCUUACUCCAUUGGCCUCAGACGACCCAUCAGUUGCAGCAGGGAGACUUGUGCCCAAUUCACAAGACCCUUCUGGAUAUAGCGUCAAUUUGGGUUCCAGCCACAUAUUUUACAGAACAAAUCAUGGCAGGCAAAGACGUUCUGCAGUUCGCAGGCAAUCUAAACCUCAUUAUGUGGUCAGAAGGUUCCCACUUAGGAGAAUCCAGUCUAACCAUUUAAGGUCUCACAUUAAAGGAGUAAAUUCUCCCGUCAAGGACCCAGAGCAUGACUCUAAAAGAAACCUUAAUAAACCCCCUGGAGGAAAAUCAGAGGAAUAUCAAAGACAUAAUACUCUUGAUAUUGCUUCAGUAGAUGUCAUUAAACCUCUUGAUUUCAUGUCAAAUUUCAACACUCCUUUUGAAAUUGAAAUUGACAUUGAAGAUCCGCACAACUUAGAAGCUAUCUCAACAUCCGAGGAACUUGGAGUGCGACCCAGUCAGAGGCAACGACAAACUGUACAAAACCGGCCUGCCGUUCCCUUCCAUGGACGACCUCGACCCCAACCAUUCACAGCUCCAGGUUUACGUCCUGGCCCAUCACCGCCAGCCUACAUUUUACCAGCUUCCUCUACAGUUCGUGCCCCAAGGCAUUUAAUCAUGGAGAACAGACGCCUGCCAAAGGCUACACGACAGCUAGACAUUCCAAUCCACCGCAGGUCUAUGGAUGUUGCAGAGAGCGGACAUUCCAUACACAAAGUUUCUCCCGACAACCCAGCAGCCAGGGAGGACAGCCAAGGCUUCAUGGAAGGAGUACCCCAUCGUUUCCCAUCAUUUUCAGAAGUCGGUGGGUUUGGCCCCAUGCCUGCCAAGAAGGACAAUGUAGGUACUGACAGCUUCAUGGUAGAAUUUAAACCACCAGUUGAGGUAGAAAUCCCAGACAUCCAGGAUAACCAACCCCAAUUCAAUCUUCCCCAAUUCACACAGCAGAAACAAGAGAUUUCGGCCCCACACCCCAACAGCAGAAAUGGCCAGAAACUGGAGAGAACCAAGAGGGCCAAUGAAUUCGACGCAGCAGAUGACAUCUCAUUAGCUCCCCAGAAGAGGAUCAAAAGAGUUGACCCCAUCCCCCCAACCAACUCCCCAGCAGAAUCGAGAAACCUCCACGACAACCAAGCAGCUUAUUCAGACAUUCCCUUCGAUUUCCAGCCAUUUCCAGAUUUCCAGUAUCCAGUUUUCCAGUAUGAGAAAAUCAGGCCCACCAUAACCCCGAGCAGGGAAUAUAAUGUUUCACCAUAUCCCGCCAGAGGAAUCAAUAGGAAAGUUGAGGUUCGCACAUCCGACGACGAUUUCAUCGUCCCAGAGAGCCAGAGAUUCUACCCAAAUUUUAACCCCCGAUUCACCCCAAGUCACCAGGGUCCAUCCACCCAGUCGUUCUAUCCGUCCACCCUCCCUACACCAAGAGGACCUGCCCCCAGAACUGCGAGGUUUAAUGGCCAUGGGCCUGGCUUCAGAGAAAGUUCGGGGUUCAGAAACAACGCAGGCUUUAGAGAUUUCCACGACACGUUCUAUGGACCAGGAACGCGGGAGGCUGUCAACAGGCCAGAGUUCGUUUUCCCCAGCAGCAAGAGACCUUUGCAUCCUGAAAAUGAACCACUAGACAAUACCUUGCUUGGAUCAGGGAACUUCGAAGUUUUGAAAGGUGGCACAUUUUACGAUGAAGAUGACCCACACAUAUAUGACGGUUACGACCACGACCAACUCUUGCACGGAGAUUACUAUGGGUCGCAUUCCCCGUCCAACAGGCCUCACACAAACAACCACGUCGAUGAUUUCUUUUCCAACUUCAGGGACUUCUCCGAAUUUGCAGCCAGGAGGUCUGAUGAAGGAGAAGGAGUGGAUGAUCACUCAUUCUUUGGUUCUGAGCAAAUCAGUCAUGUGGUCAAUAUCUCUCAGCCAUAUUCGCCUGUUGUGUUUGCUAAUGAAACCUUCCCGAGUGAUGAGGGUUUGGCGCAGGACGGCGCCGAUAAAAAGGAACUGUCCAAAACGCCAGACCCCUCACAGGCCAAAGAGGUACCCAAAGCGCCAAGCAAAGAAAACACAAAACAAAAGCAACUCAAGCUACACAGGCAGCCAAAGAACAUUCAAGAAGUAAUGGAAGACUUAGAAGCUUCCGAAUCAAGUGAUAACGCUGUAGUAUCGUCUUCAUCCACGGACGAAAAAGAUCCUAUGAUGGCUAUGUUCUAGCAUGUAGUACCUAGAAAACUCUAUCAACUAGACCCACCUCAAUUUUAUUUAAAUAUAUAUCACUUUAAGGAAGUCGUUGUCAUUAAGAAAAAUGUGUACUAGUCUUUAUAAUAUCUGUUAUUUACAAAUGAGUGUUAAUACUAAGGCUCCUGGGACGAAUAAAGGAAAGAUGUGCACAUCAGAUGCAAAUAAGUGAUCAGUGUGAAUGCAUAUAGGCCUAACGCAUGUUUUCCUUACGUAUGCAACUGAAAGAGUUCUUCUGCCUCAGUCAGGCGCCUUCCCGUUGAGAGGUGCUGCUCGUAGUUGAAUGGAACUGGAUUCUGGAAUGUGAGUCCUGAUCUCUUCUUGUUUCGUGUGGUCAGUCGUUGUCUUAUUGAAGUGUGUGUGUGUUUUGACAAUAACUAUAAAACGUUGUUAUGUAUUAGUAGUAGUGUUUAUCAGUGGUUUGCUCCUAGAAUUAUAUUGUUGGAACUUGUAGUUUAGGUGAUUUUUUUGUAUCCUGCCGGAUUCUCGUCAUUCACCAAGCUAUAUUUUUUUGUUGUCCUUGUUUGUUAACUCCUUCUUUCUCAAGCUGGCCUUGAGAAAUUCUACCUCUCAGUGAGAAAAGAAGUUUCCGAAUUACAACAGAAUUUAAUAGGUUUUGCGUUUCUUGGACUGAUUUUGAACUGUCUCUGAUAAUCAAGUUAUACAGACAGAAUUUCUUCCCUCAUUGCAGAGUUACUAUAAUACUUUAUUGCCAAAUGAUAUAUUCUCACCAUUUCGACUUUUAUGAAUGUCAUAAUUGUCCACUGCACUGUAUAAAUAUCUACUGCAAUAAAAUGAUCAAAAUCCUAA